GCCGCCGUCGCCGGCUCGGUUUGCGGCGGGGGCGCGGGGGCGCGGGGCCCCCGUGGCUGCGGCCGCCGCCCCUCCUCUCGCGUCCCGCUGCGACCCCCGGGUCCGGAGCCCGGGGGCGGCUCGGCUGUGGCGACGGAGCUGGGCGGGCCCGGGGCGGCCUGACCUGCGACGUGACCUUGGUCGAGUUCCCUCGUCGCGCGGGGCCGCGGCGGCCGCCUGGGCCGGAGCGGGGGCGCCGGGGCGCCGGGGGCGAUGCCCCUCCACGUGAAGUGGCCGUUCCCCGCCGUGCCGCCGUUCACCUGGACUCUGGCCAGCAGCGUCGUCAUGGGCCUGGUGGGCACCUACAGCUGCUUCUGGACCAAGUGCAUGAACCACCUCACCGUGCACAACAAGGAGGUGCUGUAUGAGCUCAUCGAAAACCGAGGCCCAGCCACGCCUCUCAUCACCGUCUCCAAUCACCAGUCCUGCAUGGAUGACCCUCAUCUCUGGGGGAUCCUGAAACUCCGCCACAUCUGGAACCUGAAGUUGAUGCGUUGGACCCCCGCGGCUGCAGACAUCUGCUUCACAAAAGAGCUACACUCCCGCUUCUUCAGCUUGGGCAAGUGUGUGCCUGUGUGCCGAGGAGACGGCGUCUACCAGAAGGGAAUGGACUUCAUUCUGGACAAGCUCAACCACGGGGACUGGGUGCACAUCUUCCCCGAAGGGAAAGUGAACAUGAGCUCCGAGUUCCUCCGCUUUAAGUGGGGAAUUGGACGCCUCAUUGCUGAGUGUCAUCUCAACCCUGUCAUCCUGCCGCUGUGGCACGUCGGAAUGAACGAUGUCCUUCCUAACAGCCCGCCCUACUUCCCCCGCUUUGGACAGAAGAUCACUGUGCUGAUCGGGAGGCCCUUCAGUGCCCUGCCUGUGCUCGAACGGCUGCGGGCAGAGAACAAGUCGGCUGUGAGUUGUCUUUCUCCCCGCCCUCCCCCUCCCCGGCUCCCCUGUAGCUGUCUUAGCCUCCCCGGGCCCUUGGGCGAAGGUCCCCGAGGGCUGCAGGCCAGCCCCAGUCCUUCCCCUCAGGUGGAGAUGCGCAAAGCUCUGACCGACUUCAUUCAGGAAGAAUUCCAGCGCCUGAAGGUCCAGGCGGAGCAGCUCCACAACCACCUGCAGCCCGGGAGCUAGGCACCGCCCGGCCCAGACCUGCCCUCGCUGCCUCCUGCAGGGCCGCUGGCCCCCAGCCUGGGGGGAGGCAGCUCCCACCCAGGCCCCAGCUGCCUGCUCUCGGGGCUGCCUUUGGGUUCUUGCCCCACACAGAGCUGAACUGGGGGGAUGCGCUGAUGUUUUGAGAUCAGAUACGUGUUUUUAGACAGAUUUAUGUUUAACCCUUGAUGGGUAGCGUGUCCUCGUUGGUGAGCAUUCCUUCUGCUCUGAGCUGCUUCAGUUGAAGGAAGUGCUCCUCCCACUUGGCCACGAAAAGAGGAGGAAAUUUUGGCGGGGGCCUGCCUCCUCCUUGCCUUCAGGUGUUCUCCGCCAGGGCUGGCAUCAGGAUGGAGGGUACUUGAAGGGGGGUGGGCGGCCAGGCCAGAACUUUGGGUAAGGGGUCCAGGAGGCCCUUAGCCCGGCAUCCACCCACCGGCCCCGAUUUGGGAGCUGUCCAGCACCUCCUCAGGGAUGGCCGCAGCCACGUCUUCCUUCUGCCCACACUUCCCGCAGAUGUGGGGUCCUCGGGCAGGGCCCAACCCUGGGCUGCAAGCAGAAGAGCAGCCUUUUGCCAGAAGUGGAAGCCAGCUGAACAGAGCCUGCAGCAAGGGCCUGGCACCCAGCCACUUGCCCACGUGCCAGGGCCCACCAACUGCUCUGUCUUGUCCAGCUCUCUGGCAUCACAGGAGUCCCCCCUGGGCCUGGGUUUUUGUAUUUUGUAACCAAUAAAGCAUCUGUGUCGUGUUUUA